AUGACGGCAGUACCAUUACAUAAACUAUUGGCAGAUGCCAGGGCCAAGCCCGUUGCCUGGGCCGAGGUCCGCGCCUCGUACCUGCUGUUCAACCAGACCCUGCGCCAGCGAUCGGCCGUCAUCCUCGGCUGCUGGUUCCUGGUGUUCGGCACGUUCUCGCACCUUACCACGGCCCGCGUGAUGCGCACGAGCGAAGCGGCACGGACCGUGCUCGUGCUCCUGCGGCUGCCCUGCGUCGUGGCGGACGUCUACGUCCUCAAGCACGCUGGCCGGCGUCUGUCUCUCGCCACCAGCAUGUUGGCCCUGUCCCUCAUAGUCGCUGCCCUGUCCGCCGUCCACAUCUUCGGCGUCAACGACAAGCUCGCUGCCGUCCUCGUCGUCUCGGGGCUCCUCGCCUUCCACCUGUCCGCCAUCACCGUGUUCGCCUUCUCCGCGGAGCUCUACCCGACCGUGAUUCGAGGAACGGCGCUGGGCUGCUGCUACAUGAGCGGCCGGCUCGGUGCACUCGUGGCGCCAUUCGUCAACGAGAUCCGGUCGCCGCCGCUCAGGGGCGCUGCAUACGCCGUCUCCGCCGCCAUGUUGCUGCUGUUGAGCACGAUGGCGUUCGCGCUGCCGGAGACGAGGCAGCUGCCGCCGUCGAACACAGUGCAGGGCAUGAUGGCGAUGGAAGACAAGUGGCUGCUUUACUCCCCGCUGCGCGUGGCCCGAAGCGGAGGCAAGCGCCGGCGCUCCAGAACGGCCUCGCUGGAACGCGCUCAGGCGCGAUCACGCAGUUCUUCCUCCGUGCGGCAGCUAAGUGGAGGCUACAAGCCGGCCACUUUCCAAUGA